GCUAGUCAUGAUGACCGAUGGAAGAUAUCUCCGGAAUGUUCUGCCAAGCUAUUGCAUGUCAUUCCCUUGCAGCCAUUGAUACAGGUGUUUUGAUCAUGCCUUUGCUGGUGACAUUCUAGAUGCGCACAAGCGACGUGAGGCGCAUUGGCAGGACACGGGCCGUGACGACCAACUUGAAAAGCAGCAAGGAUGUCGUGAAUCACCAUGCAAACACCUGGGCAGUCGACUCCUUCGAUCUCAUUGAUUGCAUAUGCAAGCAAGUCCACCAGCGCUCAGUUCAAGAUUGAUCGGCCUUGGCCAACGCAGAAGAUUACGAGGCUUUCAAUCAAAUCUCAAAGCACUUUCCUUCCACAGCUCUUACUUGCCCUUGUACUCGCGCUUGCCAUUACACCGCCAACGUUCAUCUCAGCCUGCUCUGUUGCUCGUCCGUUUCACCAUGGCCGCUCAAGCGACGUCAUCCGCCGACAGCGCUGAACAACCUUGGUAUGCUGCCUACCCCCAGGCGCAAUCGAAGCCACACUCUAUUGCUCGCUCCCAGGUGCUAGAGCUGCUGAAGCAAGGCACGGAAGGGCAUAAGGCAGUGCUUGUAGAUUUGCGUAGGACAGACUUUGAGGGCGGCACUAUCCAAGGCUCGAUAAACCUACCUGCUCAAAGCAUCUACCCGACGAUCCCUUCGCUCUACACCAUCUUCCGGGCUGCUGGUGUCCAACGUGUCAUUUGGUAUUGCGGAUCAUCGCGCGGCCGUGGCAACCGCGCUGCGGCUUGGUUCGCUGACUACCUUGAGGAGCGUUCAGACAAGACCAUGCAGAGUCUUGUACUUGAAGGAGGAAUCAAAGGCUGGGUUGGUGAGAAGGGUGAAUACCUGCAGUAUGUGCAAGGAUAUGAUGAGUCUAAAUGGUGAGCGCUGUCUGAUGUGAAGCGAAUUUUGUAAAAUGAUUUGAUGUUGCUGGUCACACGAGGCUUCCUCUGUCUCCCCGAACCCUCAGCGUGUGAAUGGCUUACCAUGGUGAUAAUGCUGCACAGCAAACUUCUCUUCAUUGUUUUUCCUCUGUGCUUAGCGCUCUUUACG